AAACAAGAAAGAAACAGCCACCAUCACCUUACUUACAUUACACUUCUUUGAGUGACGCUGAACAAGAAACGGACUCAUUUGGAUCAGGAAGCUCACUUUCAAGUAAUGAAUCGGGGAACUAUAACCCACAUAGUCAAUGGGACAAUCAGGAUCUGGAGUACUUAAAUAUCUUAUUUGAGAAGACACCAGAAACCUUUGAAGAUUUCAUCAAAGAAGUGAAAGAUGCUUUUACGAAUAGGGAACGUUUUUGUCCCGAUCCCAGCAGAAUGACCAGCAUUUUGACAAGACAACUUGAAGAAGAUCUGACAUUUUCAUAUGAUCUUGGAGAUCUCCAAGACAUUAGGUGUGCUUCAGCAAAAGACAUAAUAGAGGCGAGAGAGGAAAUAUCUAGGAAGAUAAAUGAAGACAUCGAAAGGAUGCAGGAAAAUUCAUCAGAAUUUGAUUCAGAGAAUGAAUUUUGUAGAGCAUUGGAUUCAGCUGUGGGGAAAUCUGCUCUGGAAGUUGCUGUAUUGUUUAACUCAGCCUCGAGACGCUUUGCAAGGGAGACAGAAUUACUGCUUAAACUGGUAUUAAAAGAGCCUGUAUCUUCAUCAAAACAAAAUGAGGGAUGGCCAGACAAAAAUUAUUUCCAAAAUUAUUGUAAAGUGUUUGGAAAGAUCUUCUUUUUAAGUGAAGGUGAAUUACCUCUGUUGUCCUUUACUUUAAAAAAUUGCACUAUGUGGAAAAAACCUGAUAUUGUCUACCCUUGGUAUUCUAAAACCAGGGAGGAGGAACUCUUAUUUAUAAUGGAGGUACAAGAUGCUCCAGUUAAUCAAGAUACAACAGAUAUAAAAGAGCUAGUCGGAACCAAAAUUAUGGGACAGUUCGGGAUACAGCUUGUUAGCCAGUUAAGACGCUCCAUAUUUUAUCCAAGUUGUCUUGGAAUCCUCUGUAUGGAAACAAAAUUAAUUUUCGUUUUGCUGAAAAUAUCAAAGGAGCAUGCUAUCAGUAUAUGUAAGGGACAGAGAGGAUCAGCAGAGGAUCCAGGGAAGAUAAUGUACACAGAACCAUUAGACAUGUUGAAAGCAGAGGACAGGUUAAAAAUGGCAGAGCUUCUUUUCUUGUUAGGGUGUCUUCAGGAUCCCAAAAAAUAUCAGUUUAACUCAUAAACACUGUACAAGAUCCCAAAAAAUAUCAGUUUAACUGAUAAACACUGUACAUGAUCCCAAAAAAAUAUCAGUUCAAUUGAUAAACACUGUACAAGAUCCCCAAAAAUAUCAGUUCAAUUGAUAAACACUGUACAAGAUCCCAAAAAAUAUCAGUUCAAUUGAUAAACACUGUACAAGAUCCCAAAAAAUAUCAGUUCAAUUGAUAAACACUGUACAAGAUCCCAAAAAAUAUCAGUUCAAUUGAUAAACACUGUACAAGAUCCCAAAAAAUAUCAGUUCAAUUGAUAAACACUGUACAUGAUCCCAAAAAAUAUCAGUUUAAUUGAUAAACACUGUACAUGAUCCCAAAAAAUAUCAGUUUAAUUGAUAAACACUGUACAUGAUCCCAAAAAAUAUCAGUUCAGUUGAUAAACACUGUACAUGAUCCCAAAAAAUAUCAGUUUAAUUGAUAAACACUGUACAUGAUCCCAAAAAAUAUCAGUUUAAUUGAUAAACACUGUACAUGAUCCCAAAAAAAUAUCAGUUUAACUGAUAUACACUGUACAUGAUCCCCAAGAAUAUCAGUUUAACUGAUAAACACUGUACA